UGGAAGCUGCUGGAUGUCAGUUAGCCGGUGGUCUCAUCUGCUCCGGCUUUGCUGUAAAUUACUCUCAGUGCCAGGCGGGCUGUGGCGGCGGGGGGGUGUUAAGUAAGCAGGAGACCGGUUUGGUCCCUUUUCAAUCCACGCAGCCUCUGGACCAUCACUGACACACAGCGCAUGCAUGUGCAUGUGCUUGUAUGUGCUCACACGCACACACACGCUGAUGAAAACAACCUCCUCUCACAAACGCAAGUUCAUUGAUUGUAGGUCCCUGAUUUGGGUGAAGCGGUUUUCCGUGCAUCUUUUUUUGGGCAACCUUUACAGCUGUGCAGUCAUUUCAUUGAAUUCUGCCCCUAGAAUCAUUAAUGCAUUUCUAAUCGAUAACUUUUAUAAGGGUGGGAUGCACAAUUUAUCAGGUGUGAACCGCUCCACUAUUAAAUGAACACAUGUUAAAUGAACACAACUCCCCCGUGCGCAGAGACUGGCGGAUAGUUGUAAACAGGUGGGCGUGCCGGUCAACACUGGAGUCAUUUCAUAUAUGAAGACCACGCCCCCAGUAGAAGAAGACCUCUAAAUGGGUUGGUUUUUUGACCAGUACGUUUUAGACAUUUCAUUCAAACCACAAUGAAACAAAUCAACUUGUGGUAAAAGGGCAGAAUAUGGCUCCUAAGUCAUAUUUUGAUCCAAAGAGAAAGCAGUUUGUUUGUGAAUGGUUUUGGAGGCAGUUUGUUUUGCUUUGAGGAGACGGGCUGCGAGAUGGGAAUGAGGACCAGUCUUAUUUUGAUGCAUACAUACAUUUGUCUAUGAGCAGGUUUGAAGCACAACAUGGAGCUCAACGGGAUCUCAUGUAUGGUUAAAAAAAACAACAACAACAAGAUUCAUCAUUCAGUUCUCAAUAAAUCAAACAUGAAGACAAUGUCACAAGGUGCAAAAUUGUUUUUGUCACAAUUUAAUUCACCUGAAUCUGCUUUGUAUAAAAACUACAAAGCAACAACCUCUUGAACUCAAACGCAGCAGCCUGUGUGUUUGUUCAAAUGAGCCCACUUCAGAAAACUGUGACGCUCGUUCGUUUUUCAAGAUUAAUUAGUUUUCAUGUGAUACAUCUUCUUUACAGUUUUGUUACUGUGACUCAUUCCCCAUGAAUACUGGCAUGAGAGCUGACCUCCGUUCUUCCCCUUUGUUAGAUGAGGUAACCUGUCCUGUAUAUCACACUGAACAGAAGGUUAGGUCGGUCAACACGCACACACACGCACACACACACAUACGUAGUUCUGCAUGUAACGUAAAUAGGUCUCGUAUACGCUCAAAUAAACAAGUACAGCAUGUACACACACACACACACACAUCCCGCCUCACUGCAGGAAUGGAAGGAAAAGGAAGAGGUAGAUUUUCCACUGACUUCAGUCCCAGCCAAUCACACAGCAGGUGACUUCGAGUCCGCUCCAAUCCAAGCCAAUCAGAGGUGAUGAUGAGCUCACACUUCUCCCAGAUCUGGGCUCUGAUUUGCUGCUGUUGUGUGACACGGCAGGCGAAGCAGCUUUGGCUCUUCACAUGGGAGCUGGUGUCGUACACACAGAGGCGGGCUGGCAGCCAGUCGGGCCGGGUUUUGGAAGCUGUUGACAGAUUCAUUUUUUUCAUGCCGUCCCGGUGCUUUGGCAUCUACCGAGCAUCCGCACCAUCAUCAAUUAUUCACAACCUCAGCAGCGCGUCCCUGUAUCCCACUGUGUGUGUGUGUGUGUGUGUGUGUGUGUGUGUGCACAUGUCAUGUGCAUCACAGUGUGUGUGGUCUGAGCGGAUCUUUGGGGAGCCACGUUCCCGCUGCUCCUCUCUCACAAUCUGCUUUUCCUCCCUGCGUCCUGCGACAUGGGCUCAUUUCUGUGGAUAUUCGCAGGACCAGAGCAUUACUGUUCACUGUUUAUGGACUUUGAGGUGACCAUCGAAGGCUCUUUAGGUUGAAGUUUAUUUAUUUUUUGCUGGCCAGACCUGCGGACGUUUUUUUUUUUUUUUUUGCUGGCGUUCCGGCACUUUCAUCCUCCGAACUGUGUUUGGGGCCGUAGACCCGUACCUUUCCGUUUGUGGAGCUCUUGUGUUGGUUAUCAACAUGCCUGAAGUUAAUUACCUGCUCUCUGUGUCCUGGGGAUAUAUAAAGUUCAAGAGGAUGUUGAACAGGGAGCUGACUCACCUCUCGGAGAUGAGCCGCUCUGGGAACCAGGUGUCUGAGUUCAUCUCCAGCACCUUCCUGGACAAACAACAUGAAGUGGAGAUGCCAACCCCGCAGACGCAGAAGGAGAAGGAGAAGAAGAACAAGCCCAUGUCUCAGAUCAUCGGGGUGAAGAAGCUGCAGCACUCCUCCAGCCUCACAAACUCUAAUAUCCCUCGCUUCGGCGUCAAGUCCGAGACGGAGGAUGAACUAGCUAAGGAACUCGAGCAUGUGAAUAAAUGGGGCCGUAACGUUUUUAAAAUCGCAGAGUUCUCUGGGAAUCGGCCGCUGACAGUCAUGAUGUACACUAUAUUCCAGGAGAGGGACUUGCUCAAAACGUUUAAAAUUCCACUUGACACCUUUAUAACCUACCUGAUGACCUUAGAAGACCAUUAUCAUGGGGAUGUGGCCUACCAUAACAACAUUCAUGCUGCCGACGUCACCCAGUCCACUCACGUGCUUCUCUCCACCCCUGCCCUCGAGGCCGUGUUCACAGACCUGGAGAUCCUAGCUGCCAUCUUUGCCAGUGCAAUUCACGACGUGGACCACCCCGGUGUCUCCAACCAGUUCCUCAUCAACACCAAUUCAGAGCUGGCGUUGAUGUACAAUGACUCGUCGGUGUUGGAGAACCACCAUCUAGCAGUUGGCUUCAAGCUUCUACAAGAGGAGAACUGUGACAUCUUCCAAAACCUGAACAAAAAACAAAGACAAUCGUUGCGAAAGAUGGUCAUUGACAUUGUGCUAGCAACCGACAUGUCCAAGCACAUGAACCUACUGGCUGAUCUGAAAACUAUGGUGGAAACCAAGAAGGUGACCAGCUCCGGUGUCUUGCUGCUGGACAACUACUCCGACAGGAUACAGGUUCUCCAGAACAUGGUGCACUGUGCAGAUUUGAGCAACCCCACCAAGCCUCUGCAGCUGUAUCGGCAGUGGACGGACCGCAUCAUGGACGAGUUCUUCAGCCAGGGGGACCGAGAGAGGGAGAGGGGCAUGGAGAUCAGUCCCAUGUGUGACAAACACAAUGCCUCAGUAGAAAAGAGCCAGGUUGGUUUCAUAGACUACAUCGUUCACCCUUUGUGGGAGACCUGGGCUGACCUGGUCCACCCGGACGCUCAGGACAUCCUCGACACGUUAGAAGACAACAGGGAGUGGUACCAAAGCACCAUCCCCCAAAGCCCCUCUCCGGCCCUGGACGACCCCGAGGACGGCAGUCGGCCCCCAGGAGGGGACAAGUUCCAAUUCGAGCUCACCCUGGAGGAGGACGGGGAGUCGGACACUGAGAAAGACAGCGGCAGCCAGCCGGAGGAGGAGGAGGAGGAGGAUGACGAGGAUGAUGACGAGGAAGAAGAAGAAGACGAAGAAAACAGCUGUACUGACUCUAAAACGCUGUGCACGCAAGACUCUGAAUCCACAGAGAUUCCUUUGGACGAACAGGUGGGGGAGGACGAAGGAGAGGAGGAGGAGGAGGUAACGGAAGAGGGAGAGACCUCCUGUUCACAGCCGCGUGCUGUGGAGGAGGAGGUGGCGGCGCAGCAGGAGGAGGGAGCGGAAGCCCCCCACACAUAGCAGUUUAUGGACACCGCCUGAUUCUUCUUAGUAACGACAGAUGAUUAUUUAUAGAAUAUUUUUGGGUUUUGUGGAGUCUGUCUUUGUUUUUUUUUAUACAUCUAAUGUUUAUGGUUCCAAAGUGUGUGCUGCUCCCCAAUUUGGCCACUCCUCCUGUCGGCUUUGGUCAGACACGCCCACCGGUACUUCUUCAACUUAUUUUUUAUUUUUUUUGCACUCAGGAAAACUCCUCCCCAUCCACGUCUGUAUUGAAGUUGUGCCCCUCUUUCCCUUUUUUGCCUCCUUUCCACGCGCUUCAACUCGGCGUACGGACGAGCAGCUCGGCCUGCUCCACCCCCCUCUACCCCCCCCCGCCCCCCUCCCACUCCGCAUAUCACGUUGUCCCCUCUCCCCGCUUGGCCUCAGCCUUGCCUGAAAUGUUUAGCAGUG